AAGGAUGUGAAGUGGAACCGUUCUUUUAAAAGAUGGUUUGAUGUGAAUAUUGUCUCAAGUAAGGACAGAAAGUGGUUGACUAUGUCUCAAAUAAGGGCCAGCUAGCUAUGAUAACAUGCUUAUAUUCAUCAAGCUACUGGCUGACUUUCUCCACCGACUCCUGCUGCAUGUUUGUCGGGGUCAGCAUCGACAAGAAGGUGGGGAAACUGCUAUGUGACUAUGACGAAGCCAACACGGUGAAGCGGAGGGAGCUGGGUCAAGAGGAGCUGAGGAGCACCAGGCUGAAGAUGCCGACGAAUGACGAGGUAGGUCAUAUGGAGGCAGAUGGAGAAGCCGAAGCGAGCUUGCAGGUUCAGUACGCAUACCUCGACAGCCAUGGUAGUCAACACAAGGCUCAGUCAUUGAAGAACCUGCGGAGGUUAUUAAAGCAAUCUCGCUCCACUGUGUAAAUGUAAUCUGUUUCAAAAUGUUUCUAUCUAAAAGAGAGCAGAUAUGCUUAGAUGAAACUACUCAACGCUAGAUCAAUCUCACAGCCUCACUCUGCAUGCAUGACAAAGGUGUUGUCUGCUGUCUUCCUUCAUAGUUACUUUUGUUAUUUGAUUGCUCCCCUCCGCACACAGUGUGGAAUGGAAUCAUUUUCUUUGUCUUGCUAGUGUUCAUCGUGCCAAUGGAGAUUGGAUUUCAGAGUUGGACUGGGCGAAAAUUAUUGUCUAUUAACUACUUCACAUGAAGAGAGAGGAUUGCAACCCUCCAUGAUAAUGCCGCUCCUCAACUUAAUAAGAUAUUGGAUAGCAUUCUCUUUGCCGUCAGUCACAUAUAGGAGGGUGACCAGAUGAAUUCUAGCACUUCCAUGGCACGAUGAACACUAUCAUAGUCAUAAACAGUGGGUGGACAGCAUGUGUAAA